CUUCGAUUGCCAUUGAGACAAAAAAUCUGACACAUGAGAAAGAUGAGUCCACAACUUGCGACGACAUGUCUACAUAAACAUGGAUUGCUUUGUUGUGAAAAGGAGACAGCAUAGCACGAAGUAAGCCAAAUAUGAUGAAAAUGGGCAGCUUUUUGGCCCGUAGUUCCAUCUGGUUCCCUCCAGUGGCAAAACAUGUCAUCUCCACCCAUACUGCUUGGAUGCGUGAGAAGAAUGAAAGCUGUGACUUCCUUGGCCACCUGGAGACUAAAGAUGAGGGUUGGAUCGAAUCCAAUCCACACCAUUCCACACCUUGAUGUUCAAUCCAAGUGGGGUACUUGGAUCCAAACAUGCUGUCAUCACGCCCUUCGACAGUGAUUGUGGCAGCAUGCCUGCCUGCUUCUGUGGGGUGGAUCCGCGUUCUACGUCUCACUUGGAUGCAUGUCAUGUUGCUCUUAUCAUGGCAAUUCUUGUGACGAAUGUGUUGUUUGGUCGGACAGCAGUUUGGCUGUGGCUCAGUGCCCCAACUCAACACCUGCUUCUGGCAGCACGCUUUUUAAUGCUCAACGGGUUCGCAGUCAGUGUGUGGGGCUCAUGGUUCAUUCUUGAGGUUGACACUAGCCACUAGCCCAAUUGUAAUAGCAGAAAUAUAUGUUGCUGACCCUGAGUGGUGGGAGCCGCGUCCCUUGUUGAAAGACAGGCCCACGACUUGAGAGAAGGCGCAGAUCAAAAGGAAAGGGUAGCAGCAAACACAAACAUUUGCAGCAAUGCACGGAAACUCUAGCCGCCAGGGCACAUGGUGCUGAUAAGAGGUCUCCAUGCACGUCCAAAAAUGGCUAGCACAUCGUCAUAGUUCACAAAAGCCACAGCCAGAAACGGCGGUCGUGUUCCCUCCACUCAAACCACCUCAUGUGAACUUGAGUCUAAAGCAGGUGGGAUCUAGCCCGCACGUUCUUUUUUGCGUUGCCGUGAAUGCUGAUGAGUUCGAAUGGGUAAGUGAGAUGGCAGUCAGGGAGAAUCCAAUGGUCCUGAGUUUGCAGUUUCUUUUGUUGCACAAGUUGCGCCGCAGCCAUUUAAGCAGAACUUGCGCACCAUGGGGCUUCGGGCAGAACUUGCGCCUCGCUCCUUUGACAGUUUGGAGCGAGCUGAGGCGAGAAGGCUACAGCUGACCUUUGCGCCCAGCACUGGCAAGAAGUUCCGGCUGGUGUUGCACCAGGAUGCAUCUGUUGGGAUUGCUGGGGUCCUCUAUGAUUGCGCGCUCUUGUUAGCCCGACGUUUGGUUGAAGAGCCUCAGCUGCUGAGCGGCAAGGUGGUGGAGAUCGGCUGCGGCACAGGCUGCGCGGGCCUUGUAGCUGCAGCUCUGGGCGCGGAGGUCCUUUUGACGGACAGGAGCGAGAGGGCUUUGCAGGUGGCAAAGCAGUCUGCAAAGGAGAGCGGGCUCGGGGUUUCCUGUCAGCGUUGGGACUGGGCUGAUCCAGUGCCCUUCGAGUGCCGCGGUGCCUCCACAGUGAUUGCAACCGAUGUCGUGUACAGCGAAGAUGUCUCUGCAUUGCUGAAGGCUCUUGAAGGGCUCGCUGCACCUGGUUGUGUAGUGCUGCUUGUGGCAAAAAUCCGGAGCCCUGCUUCUUUGGCUGGACUCCGCUCGUUGCUGCUUGGGGCAAGUCACGUUUUCAAGGAGUGCGCCCCGAUCUCUUUGCAGCCUGCAGCACAGGCGACACUACAGCAGGCUACAAAGGACUUCCCCUUGCCCGAUGCGGACAAGGGUGUUUACUUCUACAAGCUGGUCAGGUAGCUGAAUAUCUUUGACUGCAAAGGACAUUUUAAGAGUGUUUUUCAUGAAAAGCUUGAAACGUCCGAUCAAACUAAGAAUCUCAAAGCUCCUCAACUAAUGUGAAGUUGUGCCACGCGUCCACUCUCGUUUGACACAAUCUAUUCAAGGCUGAUCGAGUCAACUGGACUCACUCGCAUCCGUGCGGAAUUUUAACGCUCGGGCAAACAUGUUCCACACAGCUCGGGCAUUGUACAGUGACCGACCCUGAAAGGGGCAUCCUCUGCUGCCUUGGCUCUCAGCUUUGGGAAAUGUCGUUCGUAGCUUCAACUUGAUCACAGAAUGUGCAUCCAAAUGAUUCACAUGUUGUUCUGGAGUUCAGUUUGAGAAGAUUCUUGUUGGCAAUGAAAGGCAAAGCCAGACUUCCAACUGCCAGGCGUUUGGUCUCGAAUUUAGUUCUGCUUCGCAGCAGCCUGUUAGCUGCAAAGACGGUAUUAGCAUCGAUCGAAAAAGGGUCCAACAUUUUGUGGCUUCACUUGACUUAAGAGCAGUACAACAUAGUACAACAGUAUAACUAUGAGUGAGAUGAUGUCCCUGAUCACUCGUGGACUUCUUGCCAGUUUGCAUGGUGCAAUUCAGCUAUACCCAUGACUCGCAGGCAACGAGGUAGCCGUCCUCA